AUAAACGACGUGAAGAGGAGACGGUGGUUUGGAUUAAUUUGAAAUUGUCUUCUUCCUCGUGAAAUUAGGGUUUGUGAUUUCGACAUUUCGAGAUUGUGUAGUCAAACUCAGAUCAAAUGUCGGCAUCGACGAUGUCCCUCACCGCGACUCCGUCAAAGCGAACUCCAAUCGUCGCCGGAGAUAAGAAACCGAACUUCGAUUUCCCUCCAAGCGAAUCCCUCGCCAACGGCGAAGCCAAAGAUCCGAUCCUCCCCGAGGCAGUUACCGAUCGAUCCAAAGGCCAAGACUUGGGUCCUGUAACGAGGAGAGUUUCUUCCACCGCGAACACAACAUCCGCCACGCAGCGCCGCACGAGGAAGGUAUCCGCUCCGAAGACCGAGAAAGCGCGGUGGAAGAGAGUGGCGAGGAUCUUCGCGAAGCAGCUCGUGGCGCUUCUGAUCAUCGUAGGGUUGAUUCAGGCGGCGAGGAAAGUGCUUUCUCCUUCUUCUUCGUCCUCUCCCACUUCUUCGUUCGAAACGGAGAUGGCGUUUUCUGGAUUGGAGAGUCGAAUCGCGGAAGUGGACGGUCUCGUGAAGGCAACGACGAGCACGAUGCAGGUUCAAGUCGAGUUGCUCGAUAAGAAGAUCGAGAAGGAAGCGAAAGCGUUGCGGCAAGAGCUCGAGGCGAAAGCUUCCGCCUUUCGUAACGAGGUGAAGAAGAUUGAGUCCAAGACCGAGUCGCUAGAGAAGUCGGUGGAAGAAGUAAAGGCGAAGCCUUUUGUCUCUCGAGACGAGUUCGAGAGGGUUUACGAGGAGUUGAAGAAAGGCAACGUGGAUGAUUCCGCGUUUAGCGAGGUUAGCAUCGAUGAGUUGAGGGCUUAUGCUCGGGACGUGAUGGAGAGAGAGAUUGAAAGGCAUGCUGCUGAUGGGCUUGGGAGAGUGGACUAUGCGUUGGCGUCUGGUGGUGGGUUUGUGAUGGGGCAUUCGGAUCCGUUUCUUGUUGGGAAAGGGAGUAGCUGGUUUGCGACAACCGGUAGAAAGGCUCAUACCAAUGCGGUUAAGAUGUUGUCUCCGAGUUUUGGGGAGCCUGGUCAGUGUUUUGCUUUGAAAGGGAGUAGUGGUUAUGUUCAGAUCAGGUUGAGAGGACCAAUUGUGCCAGACGCUUUUACCUUGGAGCAUGUAGCUAAGAGCGUGGCGUACGACAGAUCGAGUGCUCCAAAAGAUUGUGUUGUGUCAGGAUGGCUACAAGGGAAUGGACAGGAAUCCUCAGAGGAGUCAGAGAAGAUGCAGCUUCUAACAGAGUUCACUUACGAUCUAGAGAGGUCGAACGCGCAGACAUUCAACGUCUUGGACUCAUCAGACUCUGGUCUGGUUGAUACUGUCAGGCUAGACUUCACCUCCAACCACGGAAGCAACUCCCACACUUGCAUCUACCGGUUCAGGGUUCAUGGGCGUGCGCCAGACCCAGUCCCUGUUGUGGAAACAGAGCUUUGAUUCACUGGAAGUGGAUAAACCUCGUGUGUUUUUGUAACAUUCAUUCGUGCACAUCUCUUUUGUUUUUUUUUUUUUUGGAAGAAAAGGAAAGUAUCAAGAGUCUGUGAUAAGACCAGUAAAGAAUUGUUUGGUUUUGCUCGUCUUCAUUGUGCUACCUUUCGGUUUAUUUGAUUUAUUGGUUCAAAACAUGAGCAUAGUCGGUUU